CUGAUUCUUGGUUACCAUUCGCACAAUUCUCCAUCAUGUCUACAGCUGCUCGUCGUCGUCUUAUGCGGGAUUUCAAGCGCAUGCAAACUGAUCCUCCCGCUGGUGUUUCCGCAUCUCCUGUUGCAGAUAAUGUGAUGCUUUGGAAUGCCGUCAUUAUCGGUCCCGCAGAUACUCCCUUUGAAGAUGGAACUUUUCGACUCGUUAUGACCUUCGAGGAACAAUAUCCAAAUAAGCCUCCUGCCGUCAAGUUCAUCAGCCAGAUGUUUCAUCCUAAUGUUUAUGCAACCGGAGAGUUGUGUUUAGAUAUCUUGCAAAACAGGUGGAGCCCUACAUAUGAUGUUGCGGCUGUUUUGACAAGUAUUCAAAGUCUUCUUAAUGACCCAAACACUGGCUCGCCCGCCAAUGUCGAAGCUUCCAACUUAUACAAAGACAACAGAAGAGAAUACACAAAGCGUGUGAGGGAAACGGUGGAAAAGAGUUGGGAGGAUAAUUGAUGAUGGAUUUUCAAACAUUUGAGAAGCUCAUAUAGUAGCUGAACUGCUUUGAAGCACAUUCAACGUGAUUCUUUACCUGGUCAUAUUUACGUUACGCCUCUUUUAAUGAUGACAUGGCGGGGUUAUGGAGUUUUCGAAAGGGCAUCUAUCAUGGAGUUUC